UAUUUACAUGGAUUGCUUCCGGGUCUAUGUUCCGGAUUAGGAUAUCGUGGUUAAUAUAUAUACGGGAAAGUUAGUAAAUUAUUUGUUGUGGGAAGUUUCCUUAAUAAACAAUUUUAAAAUAUUAUUUCAUAUUUAAAAUGCAGACCAGUACUGAAAAUUGUUUAUGAAAAGACUGCGUAAGUCAGUAAAUAAACAGUGUUGAUAUGGUUGACAGAUUCAGCAACCAACUAGCACAAAGUUCUGUCCAUAGAGUAAAAACCGUUAUUAUUGGAGAUUUCAACGUUGGCAAGACGUCCGUUGCUUUACGUUUCACACGUGAUCAGUUCAAAGAAAAGUAUCAGAGCACUAUUGCAGCUAGUUUCUUCGCAAAUUCUCUCGAUUUCAACGGAGGAAAGAUUGCGUUCCAGAUUUGGGACACUGCCGGUCAGGAACGAUACCGGAGUCUAAUACCAAUGUACCUCCGUGGAUCAGAGGUCGCCAUCAUUGUGUAUGACAUCACAUCAAAGGAGUCAUUUAAAAGUGUGCAUUUUUGGAUUGGUUUCUUACGAGAUAACGGACCACAGGGACUAAAAUUAGCAAUUGUUGGUAACAAACUAGACCUCGAAGCAAGUCGGGAAGUUUUAGAAAAGGAAGUUGAGAGUUUUUGUGACGAAGAGAAGAUUUACUUCAUGGAAGUGUCAGCCAAAACUGGAGACAAUGUUCAAAGGUUGUUUACGGAUAUUGCCAAGUCGAUAUUGUCGGGUGAUAAAACGCAGCGACGAUCUAUAUUGCGUCAGACCUCUAUCAAAAUAGACACUAGUACCUAUAAACAUAAACACAGAUGCUGUCAUCGGGGAGAAUAUACAGUUCAGAAAGAGUAACCUCGAUAGUAUCAUGAUUGAACAUUAAAUAAGCUAAACAUA